UACAGACCGGAGAAAUGUGAGAGUGUGAGCGCUGUGCGGGAGAGGCUGUCCGCGGAGUCCAGGCAAUGAGAGCCCCCCUUUCCGCUAGACCCACAAUGCCUCAAUCGUGCGACCCCCGGCUCGGAAGAAGUAGGGACACGGCCGUCAUCACCACGCAGCCCGGCCCUGCCGGCAAGCUUUUGACUUCUUACCGCACCAUAAGCCAGGACCGCCAGAGCUCGGCUUACUGCGCCAGCGUCUUCAGUAAUGGAGUGUUGUCGGCUCCCAAACUCCGUCCCCUGCCCCCCAGACCCACCGUGGAUGAGAAGGGCAAGACAGACCGGGGCCGCAGCGCUCAAAGGGCCGAAUCUUCUGGGGCUAAGCGGGGGCCAGUGAAGGCCAACCAUACGCUCGGAGUGCCCACCACAGCUGCCACCACUAAAAUAUUGAACCAGACUCUUCAAAGCAGGGCAGGGACGCUUUCACGUUCCAAAUCAGUGAGUCACGGAGACCUAAGUGCAUUAACGGACAAGAUGGAGGGGAUCGGCAGGGGUCUGACUCGGGCCGGGGGGCGAGAACGCAGUGCCUCAUCCAGCAGGAAGCCCCCUCUGGACCCCAACGUCUUAACGCGCAGCAGCUCCCUGAAAAGAGUUAAUGUGCUGCCGGUGCUGGACACGCAGCCGAAACCCAGCGGUCCCUCCUUGGAAUUAUCACGGAACGACAGCAAUAAUAAAACGGCUUCUCUCGAUCCCAAAGAAGAGAAGAACCACUCUCAGAACCCUCAGGCCUCCAGGACGCUGGCCAACAAGUCCCCAGUCAGCAAUGGCACCGGCCUCCAAGAGAAGAGCCCGACUUCCCUGCCUCCUCGAGUUCCUGUCCUUGGCUCGGGGCACGUGGGUCUCCGCAAUCUUGGUAACACCUGCUUCAUGAACGCCGUCCUCCAGUGUCUGAGCCGCACCAGACCUCUGCGGGAUUACGUCCUGAGACACGAGUACCGGCAGGAGCGUCCCAGCAGCUCCAGGAGCCAGCGGGAACUCACAGAGGUCUUCGCCGAUGUCGUCGCCUCCUUGUGGACCCCCGAGGCCUCUGACGCCGUAAACCCGUCCCGGUUCAAAUCCGUCUUCCAGAAAUACGUUCCGUCUUUUAACGGCUACAGUCAGCAAGAUGCUCAGGAAUUCCUCAAGUUCUUCAUGGACCGAAUUCAUGUGGAAAUUAACAGGAAGUGCCGCAAAACUCCCAGCAUCCUCUCCGACACCAAGCGCCCCGUAGCUCUCGAGCCUCAAGACUCUUUCAGUGAUGAUGACCGAGCCAAUCAGAUGUGGAAGCGUUACCUGGAGAGAGAAGACAGCAAGGUGGUGGAUCUGUUUGUUGGCCAGUUGAAGAGCUGUCUGAAGUGCCAGUCUUGUGGCUACCGGUCGCCGACCUUUGAAGUCUUCUGUGACCUGUCUCUGCCCAUCCCCAAGAAAGGAUUCACCAGCGGCAAAGUCUCCCUCCUGGACUGUUUCAGCCUUUUUACCAAGGAGGAAGAACUCAACUCAGAAAACGCCCCGAUCUGCGACCGGUGUCGGCAGAGGACGAAGAGCACCAAAAAGCUCACCAUCCAGCGAUUCCCCCGGAUCCUCGUCCUGCAUCUGAACAGGUUCUCCACCACGCGAUUCUCCAUUAAGAAAUGCUCCGUCUUCGUGGAUUUCCCUCUGAGCAAGCUGAACCUGAAAGAGUUUGCCAGCGAGAAGGCGGGAAACCCCGUAUAUAAUCUGUACGCCGCGUGCAAUCACUCUGGCAGCGUCCAUUACGGACAUUACACGGCUUACUGCAAGGACCAGACGGGGUGGUCCGCCUACAACGACGCCAGGGUGUCCGCCAUCAGCGAAAGCCAAGUGGUGUCCAGCGAAGGUUACGUUCUCUUUUACGAGCUCGAAGACGCCUGCUGGAAGUAACCCUUUACACAACGCCUCGCUUCUG